AUGGCUAAAUUCUCACUAGUAGGAAUAACAUUAUCCCUCCUCCUUGUCCUCGCCAUAGCUCUGCCACUGGGCGUGUCAGGAGCCACACCGACCACCACCACCAAUGUCGUCGGAGAUAUCGAGGAGGACGGCUCCGUGCCCAGCAGCGUGGAUUUUGGUGAUGUCGAGGCCAGCUAUAUAGAAAUGCCAAGCGAUGAUGAUGAUGAUGAUGAACCAUCGGAAUUAGGUGUCCCAGUGAAGAGCGUGGUGACAAAGGCAUUCUUUAACAGCAUACUAAGCAAGGCUUCUCCAAGCUGUGCCGGGAAGAAGUUCUACAGAAGAAAAGAUUUCCUCAACGCCACCAGGUCCUACCCUAAAUUUGGCCACCUCCUUAACGCCACCGCCGCCAAGCGCGAGAUUGCUGCCUUCUUCGCCCAUGUCACCCGCGAAACCGGACAUUUGUGCUACAUUGAGGAGAUCUAUAAAGGGAAAUACUGCGAUCUGGGGAGAGCGAAAGAGUGGCCGUGCGCCGCUGGGAAGAAAUACUACGGGAGGGGGCCAUUGCAGCUGACGUGGAACUACAACUACGGCCUAUUCGGUAGCGAAAAGAAGUUGAAGACGUUGAAGAAUCCUGAGAUGGUGGCCAAGAACCGUGUCCUCUCCUGGCAGGUGUCGCUGUGGUUCUGGAUGAAAAACGUCCGCCCGGUUCUGAAGAAGGGGUUUGGAGCCACCAUUAAAGCCAUCAACGGCGGAGAGUGCAACGGCGGGAAUCCUCGUGCUGUCGCUGCUCGCGUCCAGUACUACAAGGACUACUGCAAGCGCUUCGGCAUCAAACCGGGCCGUAAUCUCAGCUGUUAG